UCUACACUUUAGAAAUGAAAUCUGUCUAACCUUUUGUUUUCUUUGUUUACGUUUGCAGGUCAGAGCACUGCUUUAGUUCAUGAUGUUAAAGAAAUUUGCUAGUCAAAUUUUAUUCUUUAUUAAAGACACCCUGUAAAUGCUAUUCCCAAAGAAGAUGGGUACUAGUGGUCUAACACGAUAAUGCUAUCAAUAGUGCUGCAAUUAUUUGGAUCUAGAUCUGAAUUCGAAUUUAAACCCAAUUUACACUACGUAACCAGACUCAUCCGACCCUGACCAGGAUAAAGCAGUCAACUGUUACUCAUUAAAGUCGAACUGAUGCUAUUUACGUGAUGAAGAACAAAAGGAAGGAAGGAAAGAAGGAAGAAAGAUAGAUAAAGAAAAAUGCUUUAUGAUUUAAUUUGGAACCUGAGUGCAACUACAACCAAUUUCAGAAAUAUAUGUAGAGUAUAACGUUAUACAAAUAGUAAUCCGUUUGUUUUAAAAGUAUAUAGAGAAAUUAUCAGCAAAAAUAAAAUUAAUUAAAAGAAAAAGAAAUACACCCCUCAGACAUUUUCAACCAAGUAUACUUUUAUUUUGAAAUUAAAAUACAACAAUAAACCACGGUAGGUGUGAUAUGCGCGGGCUUCCUAUUAUAACAUCCGGGUAUUUUAUUGUACCGGAAAUAGUCAUAUUGCAUAGAUUCUGCGUGCUGCAAACUGCUUUUUAAUAAUAAUAAUAAUAAGCUUUAGAUUUACGAUAACUAGUAUGGAUCAUAUUCCAUUUUAAACAACCUGUUCCGCGCAGAAAUCCAUCUUUUUACGGAAGUAACGAGUUAACUUUUAUUUUGACAACCCGUUAGUAGGUGUGGUGUUUAGCGUUACCCGCUUCACUGCGCCGUUAACGUUAGUGACAGUGCCAUGGCAACCGCGACGUGAGCGCACGCGAUAAGAUGCUGGCGCUCGUGAAGCACCGGUAACGCUUGCAGAACUUCACUCGUGGGUCUCCGGGAAAGAGCAGCGAGAUGUCCCUGUUUAAGGCGCGGGAGUGGUGGUCGGCCGUGCUGGGCGAGGGGGAGGAGUUCGACCAGGGCUGCCUUUGCCUCGGAGAUGUGGACAACAGCGGAAGUGGCUACGAUAAGGUGGUGGUGGGCAGCUACAUGGGAAUGCUGCGGAUUUUUGCCCCCCACGCCACCAGGCCGGCCGGGCAGAUCGGAGUGGACGCCCAGCUGCUGGAGGUCCACCUGCGAGACCCAAUCAUCCAGGUGGAAGUGGGCAAGUUUGUCUCGUGCUCAGAGCUGCUUCACUUGGCAGUGCUGCAUCCCAGAAAGCUGUCCAUCUAUGCCGUCUCAGGUACUGCUGGGAACGUGGAACACGGGGAUCAGUACCAGCUCCGACUGGUUUACGAGCACAACCUGCAGAGGACGGCCUGCAACAUGACCUACGGCCCGUUCGGAGGGGUCACCGGACAUCACUUCAUUUGCAUCCAGUCCAUGGACGGCAUGCUGAUGUUCUUCGAGCAGGAGAGCUAUGCGUUCGGACGCUUCCUGCCCGGAUUUUUACUCCCAGGCCCGCUGUGUUACUGCGCCCGAACCGACGCCUUCAUCACCGUCUCCUCGUCCCGCCAGGUGGAGUGCUACAGGUACGAGACGCUAGCGGUCGCCACGGACGCAGACACCAGACAGAACUCUGAACAGCAAAGCAAGAGCUCUGGGAAGAGGCUUACGACUGAGUGGACACUAGUGUUAGGAGAGCAGGCGCUGGAUAUCUACGUCCCCUGCGUCUCUCCGUCAGCCUCCUCCGUCUACGUACUUGGGGAAAGGAACCUGUUCUGUCUCCGGGACAACGGCCAAAUCCGCUUCAUGAAGAAACUCGAGUACAACCCCAGCUGCUUCCUUCCCUACGCCUCAGUUUCCGAGGGUACAACCAACGUCCUGCUGGCCAACCACAACAACAUGCUGCUGGUGUAUCAGGACACAACGCUGAAGUGGGCGGCUCAGCUCGCCUGCGUGCCCGUGGCCGUGCGCGUCGCAAAUUUCCCGGAUCUCAAGGGCCUGGUGGUGACCCUGAGCUCUGAUGGUCAUCUGCAGUGCUCGUAUAUGGGCACGGAUCCCUCCUUCUUCACCGCACCAAAGGUGGACUCCCGGGAGGUCAACUACAACGAGGUGGACGCUGAGAUGAAGGCUCUCCAGAAGGUCAUCCGUGAAACCACCAGGAACCAGGACGUCAUCCCCAAAGCGGAAGCAGAGGAUGACCUGACAGUGACUGCUAUUGUCUCCACCAACCUGGACGAUGUCUCGCAAGCCCUUAUCGUGGAGAUAAACGGCAUUGCUGUCCCUUCUGUUACAGUCAAGAUUAAAGUGAGCAGCCGCUUUGCCGUCCAGAGCGCGAAGAUGAGUGUGUGUGUUCAGCCACCUCUGGCUGUCACUCAGGACCAGUUCGCAUUAGACUCCUUGGGGAGCGGCUCUCAGGUAGUCGUGGCGUUCUCAGCUUUUCUGAACGGCCACUACACACCAGCUGACCUGACAGGAGACGUGGCCGUGUCCUACAGUUCACCCACGGAGCUGAACCCUGCAGGAGUUCCGCGAGUAGCCCAGUGCAAGUUCGUGCUGCCUCUCUGCCUGGUUUGCUGCCCCACCACUGCCUCCAAGAACGCCAAGUACAAGAUCACCGUGGACACCAACAAACCUCCCAUCAACCUCAGCGAAGCCUUCCCAGAAUUUUCAGGGAAGCCUGAGGAUAAGGAGGGUAGUGCCCUGGCUUUCCAGUUUAUCGCUGGCUCUCGGGUCACCGUCCUGGCCUCCAAAACAUCCCAGCGUUACAGGAUCCAGAGCGAAAGCUUUGAGGAUAUCUGGCUGGUUGCCAAGGAAUUAGUGCAACGUUUCGAGCGGCAUUUUGCCAAGCUCGGAGUCAAAGAUUUCCGCAACAGCUUUUCCGGCCCGAUCCCACUAGCCGAAUACUUCGAGACUGUGGACCACCACUUUGAGCUCCGAGUGAACACACAGAAGUAUCAGGACCUGCUUUCAGAGCGAGCCGUCCAGUUCAGAGCCAUCCAACGCCGACUGCUCACACGCUUUAAAGACAAGACCCCGGCCCCGUUACAGAACCUUGAUACUCUCAUGGAGGGCACUUACCGUCAGGUGAUAGCGUUGGCGGAUGCAGCGGAGGAGAACCGAGCGUGUUUGGUACAGGCCUUCUCCAAGUUACGCAGCGCUACGCACCUGCUCAUCCUUCUGGUCUCUCUUUGGCAGGGACUCGGCAUCGAUCAAACCGCUAUACUAGAGGCAACGCUACUGCCACUGCUACAGGAUACACCACAACUGGGCUGGGAGGAGAGCGUGGACGCAGCUGUGUCUCAUCUCUUGAGAACGUGUCUGUCGAGAAGUCCUAAGGACCAGGCCAUUAGUCUGAGCACAGCCCAGCUGAGCAUGCCCAAAGAUACCUCACGCCUCAAGAAACACAUCACGCUGCUCUGCGAUCGCAUCGGCAAGGGAGGCCGCCUGUCUCUUUCGUCUGAAGCGAACGCUCCGACACCUGUUAUGAUGCCAGCAUGCUGCGAGGCCAUCCCUGAGUCGAUCACCGAGGAGGAGGAAGAUCCAGCCUUGCAGCAGGAGGCCACUGAGAAGAUCAUGAAGAAGAAGCAGCCCUCAAAGAAAGUGAAAAGCAAAACAGGUUCAUCAAAAGAAAAGAAAGUAAAAGAUCCAGAGAAAGAGUUAAAAGAGAUCAAGAAGGACUCAAAAGAGUCAACCAAGGAGAAAGAGUCGAAGAAGGAGUCAAAGGAAUCGUUGAAAGAGUCGAAAAAAGAAUCGAACAGGGAGAACAACUCUGCACUCGAGCCUGAGAAAGAGAAAGUAAAGGUGUCCAAAAAGCCCUCAGUCAAGGCCAAAGAGAAGAAGAAAGAAGUCGGGGACGGCUGACCUGAUGCAACACACACACACACACACACACACACACACACACACAC